AUGGCUUGGUAUAAGGAGAAUGUUCUCUGGAAGAUAGAAAAGGCGUUCGCCGGAGGAUAUGAUCCUGCCCUCGAGCUUGCGCAGCAUCCAGUACGGAGGCCCACCCAACCUGAGGUUUUCGAAGAAGACGGACUUGGAUGGGACCUGGACGAGCCCUGGACACAGCACCUACGGCGCACCGAGCAGGAUCUAAUAGAUCGUAUCGUGAAAGGCGAGGAGGUCGGCCAUUACUAUAUCCUUCUUGGUCCCAAAGGAACAGGGAAGACAACCAUGAUCCUGGACGCCAUGCGGGCCAUCGAAGCUGAGGGCGUGGCGAUGUGCGACGCACAUCCGGACUUGGAAGUCUUCCGUUUGCGACUCGGCAAGGCGCUGAACUACGAAUAUAACGAAGACACGCAGACAGGCCUUUUCCAGAGACGUGACCCACGCGAGGCUGGUCCCUCUCUCGAUAUUGAGCGCGCAAUGAACAAGCUCGAGAAGGUUGCCCUUCGCCAUGCAAGGGCAACAGGGAAGCCCCUCAUCUUGAUUCUCAAUAAUGUCCACUAUUUCAACCAUGAUGACGCUGGCAGGAACAUGCUUCUACAGCUCCAGCAGCGCGCCGAAGCUUGGGCUGCCAGCGGUAUCCUCACGAUGGUGUUCAGCUCGGAUGACUUCUGGCCUUUCUUCGUGAUGCGGAACAACGCUAGUAGGAUGCACGUCGUCUCCGUAUACGACCUGUCCAGGAAAGAGUCGGUCACGGCAGCAGUGAGAAUGCGUCGCAAUGCCCAUCGCGCGCGCGCACCUCACGAGGCGUUUGAGGAAGCUGUCGGGAUCGUCGGCGGACGUCUGACUUACCUCGGCAAGGUGACGAAAGCGGCGGACAUGGUGAAGCAAGCGAAGCACAUGCUGGCUGUCGAGAAAGCAUGGCUGCUGUCUCAGAUCGGCCUCAUCCCGGAUUGCGACGACGACGUGAUGGACGAGCAGAAGUGGUCGUCAUGCUCGUGGCUACUGCUGAGGGAGUUUGUCAAGAGACGGAGAGAAGACGUUGCGGCCAAGGUAGAGGAGAUCAAGAGAGGCGAAGCGGAACCGGAAGACUUGAACAACCUCGCACUUCCACGGAUUUCCUACUACAAGGCGCGGCAAAUAAUGACUCGCGCAGACUUCAUGGACGAACUCGAUCGCAAGAACAUAAUCGCUAUCGACAUCCAUCACGAUGUCGCUCCCGAUUCGAUGCUGAUCCUGCACGCCGCAGAGGAAGUUUGCGCGGAAGAAGGAUUCGACGAGCUGUUAGAGGGCGUCCGAGACAGAGUGGACGAGAUUGAGUCUCUUCAUCGCACGCGGGAGCUCACGUUUAAGGACGUGGACAAGGGGGAUCGAAUCCGUCUCACGGUCGACAAGGGCGGUGCGCGCCUGGUUGAGGGUUAG